AUAGGCCUCUGCGCGACUCCGGCUGGGCAGGAUUCCGGACAACGCCUGGUUCCUCUCGGGUCCUUCCGGCGUCGCCGGAGUGAAUUGAUCCGGGAGUUGAAGAGGGCUGCAAAGGUGGGAAGUGAAGUCAGUGCCUCAGUUGCUGCUUUCUCCUCUAAAUCUUGGUCUCUUGUUUGGAAGUGACUAACAGCGUUUUGGCAUGAGAAAAUCCUAAAAAGAUCAGUGUGUUUUGUGUCCAAUUCUUUUAUCAUCAAAAAAGAGAAGAAAUAUUGCAGUGAAUGAAGAUUCCUCUGCAUUUUAGCACUGCUUUUUCAACUGUAGUUGGCUUUUGAAUGAGGAUGACAAUGGAAGAGAUGAAGAAUGAAGCUGAGACCACAUCCAUGGUUUCUAUGCCCCUCUAUGCAGUCAUGUAUCCUGUGUUCAAUGAGCUAGAACGAGUAAAUCUGUCUGCAGCCCAGACACUGAGAGCCGCUUUCAUUAAGGCUGAAAAGGAAAAUCCAGGUCUCACACAAGACAUCAUUAUGAAAAUAUUAGAGAAAAAAAGUGUAGAAGUUAACUUCACGGAGUCCCUUCUUCGUAUGGCAGCUGAUGAUGUAGAAGAGUAUAUGAUUGAGCGACCAGAGCCAGAAUUCCAAGACCUAAACGAAAAAGCACGAGCACUUAAACAAAUUCUCAGUAAGAUCCCAGAUGAGAUCAAUGACAGAGUGAGGUUUCUGCAGACAAUCAAGGAUAUAGCUAGUGCAAUAAAAGAACUUCUUGAUACAGUGAAUAAUGUCUUCAAGAAAUAUCAAUACCAGAACCGCAGGGCACUUGAACACCAAAAGAAAGAAUUUGUAAAGUACUCCAAAAGUUUCAGUGAUACUCUGAAAACGUAUUUUAAAGAUGGCAAGGCAAUAAAUGUGUUCGUAAGUGCCAACCGACUAAUUCAUCAAACCAACUUAAUACUUCAGACCUUCAAAACUGUGGCCUGAAAGUUGUAUAUGUUAAGAGAUGUACUUCUCAGUGGCAGUAUUGAACUGCCUUUAUCUGUAAAUUUUAAAGUUUGACUGUAUAAAUUAUCAGUCCCUCCUGAAGGGAUCUAAUCCAGGAUGUUGAAUGGGAUUAUUGCCAUCUUACACCAUAUUUUUGUAAAAUGUAGCUUAAUCAUAAUCUCACACUGAAGAUUUUGCAUCACUUUUGCUAUUAUCAUUCUUUUAAGAAUUAUAAGCCAAAAGAAUUUACGCCUUAAUGUGUCAUUAUAUAACAUUCCUUAAAAGAAUUGUAAAUAUUGGUGUUUGUUUCUGACAUUUUAACUUGAAAGCGAUAUGCUGCAAGAUAAUGUAUUUAACAAUAUUUGGUGGCAAAUAUUCAAUAAAUAGUUUACAUCUGUUAAACA